AUGGAACGACAACCUAAACCGAGUGGCAUCCCACGAUUGGCAUCCAGAUUGCCCUUGCCCACGUCCACGUUGAAACCGAUCAGACCUUCUCCCUCCCGAGAAAGAUUGCAGGCCGAUCCGGGGUUGGACCAUAACAGGUUACGAAGACCAUCCCAUGAGUCGUUGUUCAAGAAACCUCCGCCACGCCAUUCAACACCCACUAAACCUCGGGUCACGACAGCUCCGAAGCAAGACGAACCUCAAGCUGCAGCGGAUGAUGUAAAAAUUCCAGAAGAUGUGAGCGUGUCGGCGGAGGAAGAUGGCGCAUCGGCUCAAGAACCCCGCGGGCGCCUGCGCGAGGAGCGCCCAUCUUUGUCAGAGCGCACAAUGGAGACCAUAGCGCAGAUCCCGCCAUCCCCAGCGUCAGUCAGAAGGCAGUCCAGCUUUUUCAACGGGGCCAGCCCGAUACGUUCGCCGUCUCGAACGCCGUCGAACGUGUCUAGCUACUCGAGGUCACCAUCCAGAUCGUCUUCUAGCCAGCAGAAUGGCAACGAUUUGCUAGCGCAACCAGUAUCCAAACUUCGGCUUCCUUCUAGGUCGCGCAUGUCGACUGCUUCCUCUCUGUCAACAUUCAAUGCCGCGGAUGCGAAUGAGAGCCCUUCAAAAAUGAGGCAGUCAUCGGCAAGAAACAGUGUUGCAAUGGGAGAAAUUGCCAUAUCCGAGGCCGCAUCGCCGCUCAAAAAGCGUCCGUUGAAUCUGAGCGUGUCUGGAAGCAACAAGGACACGCCUGGAAAGAAUUCAACUCCUCGCCCCUCUCCGAACAAGACGUCUUCAAACACUCAAAAGUCAGAGAUGGGCCCUCCAGAGCGACCGCUCCAUGUACGGAAGACACGGAAGGCCAAACCAGGAUCGCCCUCGACUUUGAGAACUCCCUCGGCUGCUUCCCGAUAUGCGUCUACGUCUUCUCAUGCGCAGGACGAGCUUUCGCGGGAUCAACAGGCAGAGAGCGAAAACAGAAAGGUCUCCAAAUCGUCGAGCGCGCUCCGUGAAAGCAUUGCUAAAGCCAAAGCUGCGCGAAAGGCAGCGGCAGAGGGUGGAAAAUCUGCUCCUCAGGCCGCACCUGCCGAUCAGUUGGGAAGCGCUGAUAUCCAGGAUCCGUUCAAUCAGCUGCCCAAGGGAUCCAACCCUGGGGUCUUAAGGAAGCGCGUGGAGACGGCCCGCUCGACAGGCCUGCUGAAUAUUGCAGCUUUGUCUUUGACAGAGAUUCCAAAGGAAGUUUUGACGAUGUACGACUUUGAUCCUGACAGCUCUUCCAGCUGGUUCGAGAAUGUAGAUCUCGUCAAGUUUAUCGCCGCAGACAACGAGUUGGCUGAGGUAUCGGAUGCUACCUUUCCCGAUAUUGACCCUGAGAAUUUUGACCCGGACAGCGAUGAUCGGGGGUUGCAAUUUGGUGCAUUGGAAACCCUGGAUUUGCACGGCAAUGUGCUGCAAAGUCUGCCGAUGGGACUCAGGUGGUUGCAGCACUUACGCUCCCUCAAUUUGUCGCACAAUUCCUUGAGCAUGGAAAACAUCCAGGUUAUCAUAGAGAUCCCGUCUCUGACGGACUUGAAACUGGCGAAUAACCAAUUACAAGGGCCAUUGCCAUCCGCGAUCUGUGGACUCCGCGAUCUGGAGUCGUUGGAUCUUCGUGGAAAUGCUCUGACCGAGCUCCCUCAGCAACUAGCUGAAUUAACCUGUCUCAAGAUGUUGGAUGUGAGUGACAACCAACUUGUCACUCUGCCAUUUGAGGAAUUGAGCAAACUUCCUUUGAGAACACUCAACUGCCCAAAUAACAAGCUGGAAGGCACCCUUAUCCCGGCCUCGGUGGACCGCAUGGAGACAUUGCAAUCCCUGAACGUUGCCAACAAUGUGGUUGAGAAUUUCUCGGCGAAUGAAAUGCUUGCAUUUCCCAGUUUACACACUCUGCUGAUUGGCGUGAAUCGCAUUAAACAUCUACCUUGUGUGUCUUCAUGGCAAUCACUUUUGAUGCUCUCAGCCGAAGACAACAGCCUUGCAGAGCUCCCAUCUGGACUUGUGGAACUCAAGAAAAUUAAGACGGUCGAUUUCACAGGGAAUGAUAUCUCGCGCCUGGAUGAAAAACUUGGGUUCAUGGAAAGCCUUUCCACACUCCGAAUCGCCAACAACCCGCUCCGGGAGCGAAAGCUUCUGAGCAUGGACACCGAAGAAAUCAAACAGGACAUGCGAAACCGAUGUGAGCCUGAUCUUCAAGAUACAGAUGAUGAGGGCUCGGUGGCCACGCAAUUUACCCUCGCACCGGAGACCCCAACACCAGAUAGUGCCUGGCGCAUCAAGCCUGGAGGUGUCCUUGACCGAUCACACUCUGAUAUGACAGAUUUGGAGACCGAAAAAUUGGAGGUAACUUCCUUCCAAGAUAUCCGCUGCUUCUACCUGCAGCAUAACGAGCUGCGUUGCUUUCCAGUCCCAGCACUUGGAAUGCUUGCACAAGGUUUGGUGGAGCUUGAUCUGUCGCAUAAUCCAUUGAAUAGCUCUGACCUGGUUUCUUCAACGCUUGAAUUGCCCAAACUUCAGACGCUCACUUUGAACGCCGCCAGUCUGACAACACUUGAACCACUCAUGACCAAUCUGGCUGCUCCGUCACUGGCAUUCCUUGAUGUCUCCAACAAUCGUCUAACGGGCUCUCUGCCACGCAUUCGACAAAAGUACCCCGAAAUCAAGACGUUCCUGGCCUCUGAUAACCAGAUUUCUCGGCUUGAUUUUGAAGCCGUUCAAGGGCUGCAGGUUCUAGAUGUUGGUAAUAAUGACAUCGAUUUUCUUCCGCCAAAGAUCGGCUUGUUGGGAGCUGAACGCUCACCUCGGAACUGGGGUAAUGGAUCGGCCUUGAGACGAUUUGAGGUCGCAGGCAACCGAUUUCGUGUUCCUCGAUGGCAGGUAGUUGCCAAAGGAACGGAGGCUGUCCUGGAGUUCCUGAGAGAGCGAAUACCUACGGCGGAGCUCCCUGAGUGGGAAACCGAGAAUGAGCCCACUGCCGAAGAAUAUUGA